UACAAUAGCAGAAGCAGCAUCUCUGCCGCUUGUAUUUUAUGGUGGAACAUUCCGGUGUGCACGUUGAGCCUUGCAUACGUUGUAGAUUACAUCAAUGUUCACGUAAAGAUUGUAUGAAAAUAAUUAUUCCGAAUAUCGUGUCAUCAAGCAAUCAUGUUGGUCCUAUUCGAGACUCCGGCGGGAUACGCAAUCUUUAAGUUACUGGACGAGAAUAAACUCGCCAAGUCGGAAAAUCUUUAUUUGGAUUUCAAGACAGUCGAAGGCGCUAAUAAAGUAGUUAAGCUAAAGUACUUUCACAAAUUUGAAGACACCACCGAAGCAUUAGCCGCCAGCACAGCAAUCAUAGAAGGUAAACUGUCCAAAUCCCUGAAGAAGACACUCAAGAGUUGUUGCUCCGAUCUUCAUGAGCAACUGGCGGUUGCCGAUGCGAAAUUGGGUAAUUCUAUUAAGAACAAAUUGCAAGUCCCCUGUGUGAGCAACACGGCGAUACAUGAAUUGAUGAGAUGCAUCAGAAGCCAGGCUGAGAGCUUAGUGACGGAAGUGAACAGCAAGGAUAUGACGGCGAUGGCACUGGGCCUGGCGCACAGUCUCUCUCGCUACAAGCUGAAAUUCUCACCCGACAAGGUCGACAUCAUGGUGAUACAAGCGGUGUGCCUGUUAGAUGAAUUGGACAAGCAGCUAAAUAACUAUAUGAUGAAAACGCGUGAGUGGUAUGGCUGGCACUUCCCUGAGCUGAGUAAAAUUAUAAAGGAUAAUCUCAGUUACAUAAGGACGGUAAACACGAUGGGCCAGCGAGAGAACUCCAUCGCGUGCGAUCUGUCGGAUAUCAUGGAUGAGGACAUGGAAAUGCAAGUAAAGGAAGCUGCGCAGACCUCGAUGGGCUCAGAGAUCUCAGCAGAGGAUGCUCUGCACGUGCAAUUUCUGUGCGUGGAGGUAAUCGAGCUGGCCCAGUACAGGAACAACCUAGCUACAUACUUGGGCAACAGGAUGAUGGCACUGUCACCGAAUCUGACAGUGCUCGUGGGCGAGUUGGUUGGUGCACGCCUGAUAGCAAAGGCCGGCUCUUUGACAAAUCUCGCGAAGCAUCCAGCAUCGACCCUGCAGAUCCUUGGUGCGGAGAAGGCUCUAUUCCGCGCGCUUAAGGCGAACAAGAAGACACCCAAGUACGGUUUGAUCUAUCACGCAAACCUCGUCGGGCAGUCAUCGAACAAGAAUAAGGGCAAGAUGUCCAGAAUGCUGGCGGCAAAGGCUGCUCUGGCGACGAGGUUUGACGCAUUGGCGGAAAGUACGAACUUCGAUCUUGGUACGCAACACAGGGCAAAGCUGGAGCAACGACUUAGGUUCCUCGAGGCGGAGAAUCAAAAGAAACUAGGCGGCACCGCAAAAGCAAAGGCCAAAUUCGAAAAAUAUCAUAGCAAGAACGAGUACAUGCAGUACGCCACAUCUGCCGACUCAACUCUGCCAAGUACGAGUAAGAAGAGGCUGUUGGGCGAAGAGACCGUUAAACAGGAGAAUAAUGAUGUGCAACCGAAGAAGAAGAAGAAGAAACAGAAUGUCACGGAACAAACAGAAGGUACGGUGGAAGUUAAAGAGGAAGUUAAAGAGGAAACGAAAACGUCGAAGAAAAAGAAGAAACAUAGCGUGGAAGACGUGGGAGAAUCUUCAGGUAUGCAACAGGCACAAAUAGCGGAACCGGAAGGCGUAUCGAAGAAAAAGAAAAAAAAACAUAGCGUUAAAGCAGAAGACGUAGGAGAAUCUUCUGGUAUGCAACAAGCACAAAUCGCGGAACCGGAAGGCGUAUCGAAGAAGAAGAAGAAAAAGCAUAGCAUUAAAGCAGAAGACGUAGGAGAAUCUUCUGGUACGCAAGAAGUACAAGUAACAGAAGCAAAAGAUGCAUCAAAGAAGAAGAAAAAGAAACGUACCUUGGAGACGAGAGAAAUGGAAGAUGCAGGGGAAGCCUCCGGUGUACAGGCACAAGUUGAAGUAGACUCAAAUAAUGUACCCAAGAAAAAGAAGAAGAAAAUGACUCAAGAAGGCGAAGAAUCUGUAAAGAUCGAAGAUACGACAUUGGAAGCUAAUAUUUCCCAUACUGAAUUACCUGAAACGAGUGAUGGACAAAAAAAGAAGAAGAAGAAGAAGAAGGAGAAGGAAACUUAGGAAGCGCAAGAACCUACCGUUAAGCUGCAUAGAUCUUAAAUUGUAUAGACAAUGAUUUGCAGUUUUUUGCAUAUUAAGUGAUGUAAUAAUAUUUAAAUAAGAAUUAUUUUUUUUAAUUAAAAUCUUAUUGAUAUCUUUAAUUAAGUGUUUGCUAGAAGUGUAAGCUAUGUGGAGAUUAGUUAUUAAGAUAUUUCCUCACUAAGUAUUUUGAUUACCACUUUCUCGUAAUCCUGUUAUAACAUAAAACUAUAUUUUAAAAUACAAUGACAAGUUAGCAUCAA